AUGGCAACUCCUUUUGUCAGAGAAUCAAAGCGACACCAGUCACGAUUAGAAUUGGUUGAUCUUGCUUAUAUACGUGGUUUACUAAAGGAGCAUGGAUAUUCUGGUGUUGAUUAUUAUGAUCUUGGUCUUUGCUUGGGACUACUCCCUAGUACACUUGAUAAGAUUGAACAAGAAGAACCUCUCAAAGAUGUUAGGAGAUGUCUAACACACUGCUUGGCAGCAUGGUUGGAAAAAGCCAAUGAUGUAAACAGUGAUGACGUUCCAACUUAUGAUAGAUUAAUACAAGCAUUGAGGAAAAUUGGACAGAAUUCUGUAGCUGAUGGGAUUGAAAGAGAAAUAGGAGCUAAAGUAUCAUUUGAAAGUUCACCCUAUAAUUCACCUACUAAAAGAGACACAGUCCAAUCCACUGUAUUAGAUGUGACUCAUCUUGUUGAUGUACUUGAUUUACUAAUAAAACAUGGAUAUUCUGAUGUCAAUUAUUAUGAUCUUGGUCUUUAUCUGGGUCUGUAUGCUCCUACACUUACUGAUAUUAAGCAUUAUAACAAAGGAUAUGCUCGUAGCUGUCUAAGACAUUGUUUGAAGGCAUGGUUGGAACGAAGAGAUAAUGUCAUGAGUUCAACUUAUGAUACAUUGAUACAAGCAUUGAGGAAGAUGGGAGAGAAUGAUGUAGCUGAUGGGAUUGAAAGAGAAAUACAAGCUGAAGUAUCAUUUGAAAGUCCACCCUCCAGUCCACCUACUAAGAGAGACACAGUGCAACUCACUUUAUCAAAUAGUGACGAGGUAUUUAGUUUACUAGAGAGGCAUGGAUAUUCUGGUAUCAAUUAUUAUGAUCUUGGUCUUUAUCUGGGUCUGUAUGCUUUUAGACUUGAUACUAUUGAGAUAGAGUAUGAAAGAGAUGAUCGUAGCUGUCUAAACGAGUGUUUGAAGGCAUGGUUGGAACAAGAAGAUAAUGUAAUGAGUAAAGGUGGUCCAACUUAUGACACAUUAAUACAAGCAUUGAGGGAGAUUGGAGAGAAUGAUGUAGCUGAUCGGAUUGAGGGAAAGGAACAAAUACCCAGUGCCCCUUCAGCUUCAAAGGUACAGCCUAAUUACAGCAGCAAUACUAGUAUUCCUACUGAAGACACUUCAGCUACUGAUAGAAUACAAGAAAUUCAGAAUCCACUCAUUGAAAGAAAAAUUGAAAAAUGGCUGGAAGAAGGUGAAGUUGAGCUAAAAAUCACUCGUAUCAAUAUGCAUGGUGCACCUGGAGCUGGUAAAACAUGUUCAUUACACCUCCUACUUAAUGAGCCACCACCUGAGAAACUUACCAAUAGUACACCAAUAGCUUGUCGCGCUGUUAAAGCAACAAGAAUAUCAAUUGAUGAUAAAAAUAAGAAAUGGGAGAGGGUUGAUAUUGAAGAUUUACUUAAUCAGCUAGCAUCUGCAGAAGUGGACAAAGCACCAAAGCCUGAAGAUGAUGUACCUGCUCAUUCAGAUGAACCAUCACUGGAAGAACCACCUAAAACUGAACUAACCGAGAAUCAAUCACCUGAGAAUGAAACAAUCAAGAUUGAACCAAUCAAUCCAAUGGAGAAUGUACGAAGUGAAAGUAAACCAAUCAAAAAUAAACAAGCAGAGAAUAAAACAACAGAGAUGAAAUCAACCAAACAGAAUCCAGCUAAGAAUAAACCAACCAAAAUGGAAUUAGUUAAAAAAAUGUUACAAGCUUUUAAAGAAGGAAAGUCUAAAAAGUUUAGCACAAAUUGGGUUUAUUUUAUUGAUUCUGGUGGUCAACCAGCAUAUCGAGAGUUGUUACCUCUUUUUACAAGAGCAGCUGCACUGAAUAUCAUCACCAUUGAUCUUACCAAAGAUCUUGAUGAGAAGUGCAUGUUUCAAUAUCGUAUUAGUCAGCAUGCAUCUCCUAUUAAUAUGAAUUUGAGGUAUUCCAAUUGUGGUAUAAUUCGAUCAACAAUUAGCUCGGAAGCUAUGUUGAACUUUGUCAAGUUUCCUUAUGUCACUAAGUCUGAAAUGCCUGACCACCCUCAUUACCUCAUACUUGGUACACGUAAAGAGUUGGUAACCGAGGAAAAGCUUAAAAAAAUGAAUGAAAGUCUGAUAGAAUAUAAAGCUAAUAAAAAGGUCAUUCCCCAUAAUAAGCGUCAAGGCUCAAUUAUAUUUCCAGUUAAUACAUUGCUCCCUGCUGGGUCUAAUGAAAGAGAAAAAGCUAGUGUAGAGCUUUGCAAUACAAUUUCAGCUUUUGGAGUGGCCAUGACCAUUAAAUUGCCAAUUCGACUGUUUACUUUUGAGAUAGCACUACAGUUAGAAGCUGAGAAGAAGAAACGAAGUUUUCUUACAAAAGGAGAAGUAACUGAGAUUGGUAAGUCUCUCCAACUUGAUAAAGAGUCAGAUAUCAAUGAAGCUCUUCAAUAUUUACACAAUGUCACUAUCAUUCUCUACUAUCAUGAUGUUGAUAUCCUAAAGGAUUUGAUAUUUGUUGAUCCUAAACCAAUCCUUGAUGUCCUUUCGCAUCUAAUAGCUGUUACAUACGUUCACCACACUGAAUUACAGAUGAUCGCUGAUCCAUCUCCUUCAAUAGAUGAAAGAAAUAAUCUUAUUGAUUUCGGCCUUUUUAAGGAAGAUUUUCUUAAAAUUAUUGGUAAAAAAUUCUUUAAUAAAGACUUUAACUCAUUUCACAUAAUCACUCUUCUAAGACACCUCCACAUCAUUGCUGAAGUAGGAGAAGAAGGAGACUAUUUUUUUCCAUGUGCAUUGCCAUCUUACGAUAAGCUCAAUCCUGCCCCAACAAAAGUACAACCACUUCUCAUAGCAUGGGAGAUUAAGAACAGUGGGACAAAAACUCUAGCCAUCCCUCAAGGAUUAUUUCCUUUAACCAUUGUACACCUUUUAGAGAAAAAAGAUAGUGUAGAAUUUACUCCAGAUCCAGCAGGCAACGAAUACUACAGAUAUAAUGAUGCCAUGUCACUUUGUGUUUACAUAGAAAAGGAAGAGUACACCAUUGAUAUCAUCAAUUGCUAUACACAUAUUGAAAUACAUUUAGAUGAGUCCAGCAAGGAAUUUUGUCCACAAAUUCGAGACUUAGUUACAGAUGCUAUCAAAAGAAGCAGUGACAAUCUCAAAGUUGAUAAAAGCCAUAUCUUUGCAUUCAAGUGCCUUCAAAAUAAACAAUGUUACUGCAUUGUCAAAGAAGAUUUGUCUUCUACUAAAUGUACUCAAUGUCGAUCACACUGUAAAGUGCUGCAAGGUGAUGAUGAUAGCUACAGGUGCUGGUUUAGUGAUUGUCAAUCAUUCAGUCCAG